CCACCAAAGUAAAGUUUAAUUCCCCCGUCAGGAGAUGUCUCAGGACUUCAAUCACACCGGACUGGGUGUAGAGCCGGCCGUCCUCCGCGUACAGUUCCUGCCGGGCUUUAUAAGACGUGACGGUCCCCGAGUUCUCCACGUUGGCAGUGGUCGACUACCUGAAGAAUCCAUUGACAUUGAGUCAACAACACGAACAUCAUGUCUGAGCCCAGCUUUACCUCUGCGAACACCGUCGCUCCAGCGGCAACCGGGAACCUGGUCUACCUUCACUACGUUGUGUUUGGUGUUGGCUAUGGCGUUUCCACUCUCCUUCUUCUCUUGCGGCUUUACAGCAGGUAUCGUUAUAGCCGUCUCAGGCUGGAUGACAUGUUGGUGGUAUUUUCCUGGGUGUUUUCGUCCGCCAUGCAAAUUCUGAUGAUCGUCGCGAUAUCCAUGGGUACAAUGUGCUUCCCGCGAGUAUCCAUUCCAGACGAUCGAUUCCGGAUAUACGUCGAGUCACAGCUCAGUUACAAUGCGGCGCCGGCGUUCAUGAUGUCCAUCGGCUGUGCGAAGGCGUCUAUACUCUGCCUCUAUCUAGAAACGUUCUAUGUCGAUGAGUGGUUAUACAAGGCUGCAAGGAUCACACAAGGUGUUUUGAUAACGAUCACAGUCACCAUCACCCUGCUGCUAUACCUCUCGCGCCUCCCGAGUCUGUCACUCGAUGCUGUGGCCCUCUUUCUGGCAACGGCUGCCUCGAACAUCAUCAUGGACUUGGUGUUGCUGAUUCUUCCCAUUCGCCCCGUGUUCAGACUUCAGACAAGCCUUGGCAGAAAGCUUAGGCUCACAGGGUUUUUCAGCCUCGGCUUAAUAACAACUGUCACCUCCAUCCUUCGGCUGUAUCUUCUCAGCAAGAUCCAACAAAGCGAGGACCUAACGUGGGACGCCGCGCCAGCUAACAUCACUUCAUUCCUUGAAAUCAAUCUCCUUCUAAUCUGCGCUUGUGUGCCCGCUAUGCGCCAAUUCUUCAGGGCCCUCAAGCCCGACUCCCCCAUAGUGAAUCAAUCCACCUUCACAAACCGAGCCUCGGGGACAACACAGUCACGCCUGGAUAGCUCGAGUCAAGUUCAAUUGCGCGAGUCCCAGGAUUCCAUUGUAGAAUUGGGAAUUAUUGCCUCGAGAAGUCAAUCAAGCGGUGCGGGUAGUGCAAGAGCUGACAGCGCUUGGAGCGAGCCGGUACACGAGAAAAAGGUCUUGAGCGCAUCUCUGUAUAUUUGAUAGCAUCAGGCGACAAUACAGUAGGGGCUUGAGACAUCAAACAGGUGCAAGCCUGUCUCUCUACUGAGUCACAAACGGUCUUUGACCCAAAUUUACCGCCAGAUCACAUCUAUGAUUACUCGGAAACGUC